GCCGAUGACGUUGUAGCCAAUGACAACGAAGCGGAGUGUCUGCACGAGCGUGUAAAGAUGCUGCGAGAAGUGUAACGGAAUGCGCUCGCGGGGCUUCAAACGGCAGGCUGAACAAUGGAGAGGCGCCUUGGAGAAAAGUUGGUCAUGCUGCUGAUUCUCCAUGUAGCAGUGGUGAAGACGUGCCACCCAGGAUGCCACUGUGAGGUAGAGAGUUUUGGAUUGUUUAACAGUUUCAGCCUGACCAAGGUGGUCUGCAGCGGACUGGGCCCAAACCUGGUACCCGUUGCCAUUCCUUUAGACACCUCCUCCCUGGAUCUGUCCUCUAAUGACAUCCAUUCCAUUGAAGACUCUGUGCUCUCUGGGCCUGGGUACACUACCCUCUCCAGCCUGGAUUUGAGCAACAACCUCAUCUCUGUGGUGAACGGCAGCAUGUUCUCCAAGCUGCGCUAUCUGGAGACGCUGGAUUUGAGCCAGAACUCUGUGGGAGUCCUCAUAGAUGGCUGUUUCUCAGAUCUGCCCCUCGCUGACAUGGAUCUGAGCUACAACCAGAUUUGUGAAGUAAAUCUGGACGUGUUCUCCAUCAGGAACCACGGACGGCCUCUCAACGUGGAUCUGUCUAAUAACUUGUUAACAGCCAUUACAAGCAAUCCACAUUCCCAACAUCCCAACAUACAGAGUCUUAAUUUAGCAGGAAACCAGCUCAGUUCAGUACCAGAGCUCCAGGUGGUCUCACUCAGGUCCUUGAACUUGAGUAAGAAUCCCAUCUCUGUCAUUGGUAAACAGAGUUUUGCUGGUCUGGAGGAUCUGGUUCACCUGUUUCUGUCUGAGAUGCCAAAGUUACACAAAAUCGAAGCUCAGAGUUUCCAGGAUCUUCAGAACCUCCAAGUGCUCGACCUGUCGCACAACAGCAGACUGAAAUCUCUGAGUGCAGGUGUUUUCAGUGGCCUUAAACUCCUGCAGGAGCUCAAUUUAUCCAAAUCUGGAAUUGCGACUCUACCAAACAAUAUAUUACAGCUCCUCCCCAGCAUUAAGAGCAUUGCCCUGAGGGAUGAAGUCAACUGUUGGAGGGUCCACAAGCACGAGACAUUUCAUAGACAUGUCGGACAGAGCAACACUGUGGAAGUGAUGACCUGUGAUGUGACUGGAGUUGUUUUGUGAUCUUGAUUAUUCUGAAAACUAAAACAAAGUAAUUAAACAUUAAAAUUUUGCGCCAAGAUUGUCUGUUCUGGGGUGUAAAUGGUCCCGCCCACUUACUCUUUAAACCGGGAUUAAGCCUAGUUCUAAUCUAGUAAGAUUUCUGGAGUGAACAAGCCAGUUUAUAGACAUUAAAUGGGCAUUGUGGACUAACAGCCAACUUCACUAUGCAACCAUACUGCUAUUUUAAUAUACAUUUUAUAUAUAAAUAUAUUUUUCCAGCUGUAAAUAGUUUAAAUGUUAUAAUAAACCAGACUAAAGCUCAUCUGCAGGCAGCAUUGAGCUGUAUGAUGAAUUGUACUUUAUGUGUCAGUAUUUGUACCAAUAGAUCUGCCUCUUGAGUUAAUGAUAAAUCAACUUUAAUUCAUGUAGGUUGUUCUACUCUUUCAAUAAAGAAACACAUUCUCACAGUUCAUGAGCAGUUCAUGUAUGUAAUCUUUUUAACAUGCCAAAGAAAUUUUGUAUUCUCCAAUGCUUAAAAUAAAGUCAGUACAGUGA